AUGAGAAGACAAGGAGAAGAAGGCAAUGAGAAGGCAAUGAGAAGGCAAGGAGAAGAAGGCAAGGAGAAGAAGGCAAUGAGAAGGCAAGGAGAAGAAGGGGGCGCAGGGGGCGACGGCGGUAAGGAGGGGGGCGCAGGGGGCGACGGCGGUAAGGAGGGGGGCGACGGCGGUAAGGAGGGGGGCGACGGCGGUAAGGAGGGGGGCGACGGCGGUAAGGAGGGGGGCGACGGCGGUAAGGAGGGGGGCGACGGCGGUAAGGAGGGGGGCGACGGCGGUAAGGAGGGGGGCGACGGCGGUAAGGAGGGGGGCGACGGCGGUAAGGAGGGGGGCGACGGCGGUAAGGAGGGGGGCGACGGCGGUAAGGAGGGGGGCGACGGCGGUAAGGAGGGGGGCGACGGCGGUAAGGAGGGGGGCGACGGCGGUAAGGAGGGGGGCGACGGCGGUAAGGAGGGGGGCGACGGCGGUAAGGAGGGGGGCGACGGCGGUAAGGAGGGGGGCGACGGCGGUAAGGAGGGGGGCGACGGCGGUAAGGAGGGGGGCGACGGCGGUAAGGAGGGGGGCGACGGCGGUAAGGAGGGGGGCGACGGCGGUAAGGAGGGGGGCGACGGCGGUAAGGAGGGGGGCGACGGCGGUAAGGAGGGGGGCGACGGCGGUAAGGAGGGGGGCGACGGCGGUAAGGAGGGGGGCGACGGCGGUAAGGAGGGGGGCGACGGCGGUAAGGAGGGGGGCGACGGCGGUAAGGAGGGGGGCGACGGCGGUAAGGAGGGGGGCGACGGCGGUAAGGAGGGGGGCGACGGCGGUAAGGAGGGGGGCGACGGCGGUAAGGAGGGGGGCGACGGCGGUAAGGAGGGGGGCGACGGCGGUAAGGAGGGGGGCGACGGCGGUAAGGAGGGGGGCGACGGCGGUAAGGAGGGGGGCGACGGCGGUAAGGAGGGGGGCGACGGCGGUAAGGAGGGGGGCGACGGCGGUAAGGAGGGGGGCGACGGCGGUAAGGAGGGGGGCGACGGCGGUAAGGAGGGGGGCGACGGCGGUAAGGAGGGGGGCGACGGCGGUAAGGAGGGGGGCGACGGCGGUAAGGAGGGGGGCGACGGCGGUAAGGAGGGGGGCGACGGCGGUAAGGAGGGGGGCGACGGCGGUAAGGAGGGGGGCGACGGCGGUAAGGAGGGGGGCGACGGCGGUAAGGAGGGGGGCGACGGCGGUAAGGAGGGGGGCGACGGCGGUAAGGAGGGGGGCGACGGCGGUAAGGAGGGGGGCGACGGCGGUAAGGAGGGGGGCGACGGCGGUAAGGAGGGGGGCGACGGCGGUAAGGAGGGGGGCGACGGCGGUAAGGAGGGGGGCGACGGCGGUAAGGAGGGGGGCGACGGCGGUAAGGAGGGGGGCGACGGCGGUAAGGAGGGGGGCGACGGCGGUAAGGAGGGGGGCGACGGCGGUAAGGAGGGGGGCGACGGCGGUAAGGAGGGGGGCGACGGCGGUAAGGAGGGGGGCGACGGCGGUAAGGAGGGGGGCGACGGCGGUAAGGAGGGGGGCGACGGCGGUAAGGAGGGGGGCGACGGCGGUAAGGAGGGGGGCGACGGCGGUAAGGAGGGGGGCGACGGCGGUAAGGAGGGGGGCGACGGCGGUAAGGAGGGGGGCGACGGCGGUAAGGAGGGGGGCGACGGCGGUAAGGAGGGGGGCGACGGCGGUAAGGAGGGGGGCGACGGCGGUAAGGAGGGGGGCGACGGCGGUAAGGAGGGGGGCGACGGCGGUAAGGAGGGGGGCGACGGCGGUAAGGAGGGGGGCGACGGCGGUAAGGAGGGGGGCGACGGCGGUAAGGAGGGGGGCGACGGCGGUAAGGAGGGGGGCGACGGCGGUAAGGAGGGGGGCGACGGCGGUAAGGAGGGGGGCGACGGCGGUAAGGAGGGGGGCGACGGCGGUAAGGAGGGGGGCGACGGCGGUAAGGAGGGGGGCGACGGCGGUAAGGAGGGGGGCGACGGCGGUAAGGAGGGGGGCGACGGCGGUAAGGAGGGGGGCGACGGCGGUAAGGAGGGGGGCGACGGCGGUAAGGAGGGGGGCGACGGCGGUAAGGAGGGGGGCGACGGCGGUAAGGAGGGGGGCGACGGCGGUAAGGAGGGGGGCGACGGCGGUAAGGAGGGGGGCGACGGCGGUAAGGAGGGGGGCGACGGCGGUAAGGAGGGGGGCGACGGCGGUAAGGAGGGGGGCGACGGCGGUAAGGAGGGGGCGACGGCGGUAAGGAGGGGGCGACGGCGGUAA